UUGUUUGUAUAUCAAAAUGUCGAGGUAGAUGGGAAAGGCCAACAUCCACCCCUUUUUCCUUUCGACGCAUUGCUGAGUUUGUUUGCUUCCGCUUCCCUUGGAACCCAAGCAGCGUUUGCGUCUGCCGAGGGAAGAGGAGGGAGAGGGCGUAGCGCGCUCCUCGGCAGCCAUCGGCUUGCCCCCCACGCCGGAGGAUUGGGUCUGGAGGCAUGGGGAACUCUCUCGGGUGCUCGGCCUCCGGCGAGCGGUUGGUGUCCGCGGCUCGGGACGGCGAUCUAAUCGAAGCCCGCAUGCUGCUGGAGUUCAACCCUGGACUCGCCAAGUACUCCACCUUCCGUGGCCUCAACUCCCCUCUACAUUUCGCCGCCGCCAAGGGCCACAACGAGAUCGUGACGCUGCUGCUAGAGAAUGGGGCCGACGUGAAUCUGAGAAACUAUUGUGGUCAGACAGCAUUGAUGCAAGCUUGUCGUCACGGUCAUUGGGAGGUGGUGCAGACUCUGCUCAUCUACAGAAGCAUUGUGACAAGAACGGACUAUUUGAACGGCCGGAGUGCCCUGCACUUUGCAGCUGUCGGGGGACAUGUGCGCUGCAUUAGGCUGCUGGUGGUGGAUUUCAUCCCUAGCGCUCCGUAUGACAUGAUUGCUGCAGAAAAGGAUGGCACAGGCAGCCCGGGGCGUGCUUUGGACCAAAAAUAUGAUCGGUCUGCGCUGAUGAAGUUUAUUAACAAACCUGCCGAUGGAGGAAUCACAGCAUUACACAUGACAGCUUUGAAUGGUUACUUUGAUUGUGUACAACUCCUACUGGAUUUGGGUGCUAAUAUCUCUGUAGCUACAUUUAACUAUGGCUCAUCUUUCAAUUUGAUAGGAGCCGGAAGCACUCCUUUACAUUAUGCAGCUUGUGGAGGGAAUCUUAAAUGUUGCCAGAUUCUCCUUGCUAGAGGUGCUAGCAGGUUGGCGUUGAACUGUAAUGGAUGGCUACCGCUGGAUGCUGCGAAAGUAUGGAGACGACGUUGUCUGGAACCAUUUUUGAACCCAAAUUCAGAACUGAAUCUUCCUGCAUUUCCACUAUCAAAUUACCUUUCCUUGCCCCUCUUGAGUAUACUUAACAUAGCAAGGGAGUGUGGGUUGCAGCCUUCAGUUUUAUCUGAUAGUUAUGAUCUCUGUGCUGUCUGCCUCGAAAGAACUUGCAGUGUUGCUGCAGAAGGCUGUGGCCAUGAACUAUGUGUUCAGUGUGCACUCUAUCUUUGUUCAACAAGCAGCACUCUAUCUGCAAUUGCCGAUCCACCUGGCUCAAUUCCAUGCCCUCUCUGCCGAAAUGGAAUAGUUUCUUUCGUCAAAUUACCUGCAACCCCGGCUAAGGGGCUGAAGCCAAACCUAGCACUCACUCUCUGCAGCCCCUGCAUUUUAACUCCAUGCGCCGUUGAUAUUCCAAUCUCAAAUAGAAUAGAGGCACCACCCAGGAAUCAGGCAGCUUCUUCUGAGCUCGUAUGCCCGCUUGUUUGUACCCCGUUCUCGGCUGGUUUCAUCUCCCCCAACUAUGAUGAUGAGCCAUGUCCAUCAAGUGAAUCCCAAGUAGAAGUUCAACCACAAUCAGCACGCUCGAUGCAGACUACUUCCAGCGAGCUGGAUAAAAUAGACGAACAGAGAGCCGAUCCUAGCUGCUCAGGUAUGUUCUGGGGUCGGAGAAGCUGCAAUAGGGAGCAUCAGUGCAAUUCAGAAAUAAAUGCUUAAGCUAUGCUUGUGAACGUUCUGUCGGUAUGGAGCUAGAUAAGUCUUCAUGUUUUAGUUCAAAGGGCACUGGCAAAGGAUGUUGUGUAUAGAAUGUGUUUACUAAUUUUCAAAAUGGUAUCGCGAGAGUUUCUUUGCA